AAUUGUUCUGCUCAACCUUAUAUUCUUCCACCGGAGCAAAACCAGGCAGAAAACUUCAACCUUCACCUGAUUCACGAAGUCACAAGGCCAAGUACGGCUUGAUUGGAACCUACUCUUUGAGGCGCAACUCUGCCAGUUUCACUCGCUUGCCCUUUUGUCCCUCUCCAUCACUUCUCCAUCAACUGUCUGCUCACUUUCGCGACCUUCAUCCCCAACAUCAACCGUUCGCUUGGCGACCAAAGCAACCACUUUUCGCAACCUCCUCGUUAGCAAAGCUAUAUUCUGAACAGCGCAUCACGACAGUCCAAUACUUCUUGUCUCUGUCUUGCAGCCUCUUCGCGCGACAAUCCGUCUCAAGCAACUUGAACCAUCUUAUCUCGCGCGCAAACCUCAUCGAGAACCUCGCCAGCACAAGUCGCAAGUCGCAACUCGCAACGGUCAAGUACGCAUCUGCGGUUCACCCCUCAAGAAUCAUUCAAGCAUCGCUCAAAUUACCUCCCCCAUCGAUCAAGCACGCACAAUGACUUACGUCGACGAUACCAACACUCGGCAAGCCGCUGAUGCUGCUUCAAAGUUUGUCAACUGGUACUACAGCCAAAUCAAUGAGGGAAAGGGCGUCAGCCAGUCCUACGUGACCAACAAUGACACCUACAAGAACGCCGGCCACCCCCCUGCCGACAUCUGCGUCAACGGCCUAGUCUGCCCCACCCCAGAAGACUGGGAGAAGAUUCUUGCCCAGCAGCGCGAAGCCCCCAAAGCCACCAACGACAAGAAACACGUCAGCUACGUCGUCGACACCUUUGAUGCGCACGUCAUCAACGCCGAUUACCGCUUUGGCGCCGCUCAGAACCUGAUCGAUAUUCACGGGCCUAACGACGGCGUGAGGAUGAUGAUCAUGGUCAAUGUCUCUGGUACGGUCUACUUCGGAGUCAGCAAGAGGAGCAACGAGGAGUACUCGGUCAAGCAGCAUUUCAACGAUGUGUUUAUUCUGGUGCCGAACUGGGAUUCGCUGGCCAAGCAGUCAAAGUAUGGGAAGAGGUUUCUGAUUGCUAGCCAGACGUACAGGGCUUACUAGAAUUGAGUUCUGGGCGCGAGGUUGAGGGCUUUCGAGGGUGGUGACUAAAGGGCGAUCAGAGACUGGUGGAGCAAGGGCAAGAUUUCCGUUUCAGGAUUGGGGGUUGGGAGUGCUUUUGGCAAAGGCAUGAACAGCUGAUGAUGAAGGAUACAGACAAUAAAGAGCUGUAAGUGGGGCGUCUGGGAAGCGAGAGCGGAGGAAGUAAAGCGUGGAGGAUCAAACAUGGACGGAACGGUAGAAGGGAGAUAAUCGGCUUCUAGGGAUACUUGGGAAGGGAGAUUUUAUGUGAGAAGGAAAGAUUGGGAUCAUUGAAAGGGACAUGCAUAGCGGAAUAAGGAAGCGUUCGGGUUUUUGUUCUCUUUGGCACUACUGUUCCUUUUGAUUUUUUGUCUUAUAUGAUUGUGUUGGCGUCACGGGAAAAAGAAAAGGGUAUACCACGUUGCGGAGUUGAGGAUUGUUUGAAAGAUGCUCUAUAAUAAAAAAUUGCAUCCUUUUCUGCUGAUGAA